UGGAGGCGAUUGGUUGUGGUUGAGCGCGUGAGAACAGGCAAAGGAAGAUUUAGAAUUUUAAGUGCUUCUAUUGUUUUAUAUUUUGUUGUUUGUGUUUAUCGUAUUUGAGAAAAAAAGAAACAAACAAAAUAAAAGAAAAAUUGAAUUAAUUUUAAAUAACAGCAAACUAAAAAAAAAAAUCGGGUUUUGACCAUUUUCGUCAAUGAUUGUUGUUGUUAUCAUUAAUACGAGGCAAUCACAUUAUUGGUGAUUUAUAAAUAAAUAAAAAUAACAAAAAGUGAAAAAAGUAGGAAAAUAUAAUUCUUAUAUAUAGAUGCAUAUAUAUUUUGUGCUGCAGAAAGAAAUGUGCUUAAUUUGGUGAAAACAAGUGUUUAGUAAUUUGUAUUUAUUAAGUAAGGACAUACAACAACAACAACAACUACUACUUCUGCUGCUGCAACACCAAAAAAAAAACUAUUCCGGCGUGUCUGGUACGCAUACAAACAUUUCGAUUGAAAUAUAAAAUUGAAAGAGCAAAUAAAAAAUCAUGACAGACGAAUGCAUCUCAAGAACAUGCAUAACGCAAAAUGCAAACGGUGGCGAUAGAUUUACUGCUUUUAUGCCGACGGAACGUUAUGCGGUGGAGUACAAUAUGAAUCAUAGGAACCGCGGUCAGGCUCUCAUUUUCAAUCAUGAACAUUUCGACAUACCAAAUCUGAAAUCUCGUGCUGGCACAAAUGUGGAUUGCGACAAUUUGCGUGAAGCUUUGGAAUAUUUGGAUUUUGAUGUAUUAGUUUAUAAGGACUGCAAACUUAAUAAUAUAUUCCACUACAUUGAUAAAGCUGCCUCAAUGGAUCAUACAGAUAAUGAUUGUAUACUGAUUGCUAUCAUGUCACACGGUGAGAUGGGCUAUAUCUAUGCUAAGGACGCACAGUACAAAUUAGACUCUAUUUCCCAUUACUUUACCGCACAGAAUUGUGCUACUUUGGCUGGUAAACCAAAGAUAUUUUUAAUACAAGCUUGCCAAGGUGAUCGUUUGGAUGCUGGUGUUAUGCUUCGCAAGACUGAAACAGAUAGUGCAUCAGGUGGAAUGGACUAUAAAAUUCCUCUACAUGCCGAUUAUCUAUUUGCCUUCUCAACCAUACCAGGUUUCUAUUCGUGGCGUAAUACCACAAACGGUUCAUGGUUCAUGCAAUCCCUGGUAAAGGAAAUCAAGGAGAAUGGUAAAAAGCUGGACAUGUUAACAUUACUGACAUUCGUAAAUCAGCGUGUGGCUGUUGACUUUGAGUCGUGUGUGCCGGACAGUCCCAUAAUGCACCAACAGAAGCAAAUCCCCUGCGUCACAACCAUGUUAACGCGCAUAUUGCGUUUUUCAGACAAAAAAUAGUUAAAGAGUACUUAACUUAAAUUUUAGUAAUUAAAGCAGUUUAGAUAAAAAAAAAACAAAAAAU